CACAGGAUUUCGAAGAAUGUCUCAGCCUCACAGUCCAGUUUGAUGAUGCGAGGCUCUCGCAGUUCGUCACUGGUACCCUUCACUGUACGGCAGCCUCCUCCUCCUCAUCCUCCUCCUCCUCCUCCUCCACUGAGUCCGGGAUUCAUGCCUCUGGUGGCUUUUUGGUGAGCAGGACCUGACAGGACAGCAAGACAGCUUUGGCCUAUGGGAAUAUUUGACGUGUUGUCAUAGGAUCAAUCAUACAAUUGAUUUCCAACACAGGGAUAUACAUUCCUACAAGCGUCACCUCUAAAGAAGUAAAUACUCCUCCUCUGGGCCAAGUCUUUACUGCAGAUUUUGAAGAAGCAACCAUGUCCAGGAGAAAGGUGAGAGGCCUGACUCGGACAGGGCGUCAGGUCAGUGAGGACCCGGACCUGGACAACCUGCUGUCCACACUCUCCCCAGAGGAGAUGGAGGAGCUGGAGAAGGACAUGAUGAAAGUGCCAGACCUGAACCCGGAUGACGGGAAGAUCAUCGUCCAAGGGGAGAGUCAACCUGCACAGGCACCUAUGACCAACAGCACCCGGGACACUAAACCAGAGAGGGACCCCAAAGGGAGGCUCAGUCAGAGGGAGCAGUCAUUGGAGGGUGACUCGAAGAAGGAGAGCCGAAAGCAGGAAUACCUGAGGAAGAUGGGCCUGAGCCAGGAAGGGAACGAUGACAAGAACGUAGGUCUGCGACGACAAGCUAGUGUCCAAAGUGAAAGGGAUACUAAGGCGGAUGACAGAAACAGCAAAGGGACCGAUGGUUUGAGAGAGGAGCGAAGUCGUCUCUCUGGACGAUACAGGAAGCUGGAUUGUAAAGAGAGUGAUGCCAAAGAGGAAACCAAUGAGAAAGAAAAAUUGAAAGACAAUAUAUUAAAGGAUCGACGAGAAUUCAGAGAGAGCACAGGGAGCAAAGCGAAGGAUAUGAUCUCCAAGCUGCAGGAGAAAAAAGAUGACAGCAGAGAGAAGGAGAAGAGAGAAGACUGUAGGAGGAGAGACGAUAGCAAAACCAAGGACAUUAUCUCAAAGCUACGAGAAAAAAGUGAAAAGGACUUAGGCAAGGAAAAGGAGAGGAAAUCUGAGACGAUCAGGACACAAGGGCUGGUCUCGAAAAUGGUGAAGCAGAGCAAGGUGCAAGAAAGUCAGGUUCAGGAAAGCAAAACAGAAGAGAAAAAGGCCAAAGCAGAUGAGAAGAAAGCUGAGGACAAAAAGAAGGCUGAUGUCAAACUUGAGCGACAAGCAUCUGAGAAGAGUGACAAGGUGGAAAAAAGAAUAGAUAGAGACCAGCUGGUUAAUCAUAGUGACCAUGUCAAAGAAAAAGACAGGAAUAGUAAUGCCACAGAGAAGAAAACAGAAGAGAAGGAGGAGAUUAAAACGCAGGUAAAAAAGGAUGCACCGAAAUCCAGCAAAGAGACUGAGAAAGAAAGUGAGAAAAUUUCCAAUUGUGUGACUAAAAAUGCAUCUAGCAGCAAGGCAAAAGAGGAAGAGGAAGAUGAAGACUCAAGCAUGUUUGAUGAACUGAUGGAGCAAGUUCGAAACAAUGACCCCUCCCUCACAGAGCUCAACGUCAACAACUCUGAGGUCAUCAAGACGAAAACACUUAUUGCAUUUGCAGAGGCUUUGCACAAGAACACCCACAUUAAGACUUUUGCUUUGGCCAACUGUCGUGCAGAUGAUCACGUGGCCUACGCCAUCUCAGGCACACUGCGCAGCAACAAGACCAUCACCAGCAUCAACAUGGACUCCAACCAUCUCACCGGCAAGGGCAUCCUAUCUCUCAUCCAAGCCCUGCAACACAACUCCACACUAACCGAGCUUCGAUUUCAAAACCAGCGGCAUGUCUGUGGUGGGAAAACUGAGAUGGAGAUGACCAAGGUCCUUAAAGACAACACCACUCUGCUCAAACUGGGAUACCACUUUGAGCUAGCAGGGCCCAGAAUGACCACAACAAACAUUCUGAGUCGGAACAUGGACCGACAGAGGCAGAAACGUCUUCAGGAGCAGAAGCAGGCCCAGGCCAAUGGGGAGAAGAAGGGGACGCUGGAGGUACCUAAGACUGGAGGUGGAGGGUCUUUACGAAGCUCGCCCAAGGCUUCCCCCAAACCGUCGCCCAUUCCUUCUCCCAUGCCAUCGCCAAAGCUCACUCCUAAAAGAGGAGCUGGAGGUCUGGCUCCACCACCUCCUCCACCGCCUCCAGGUGGACCUCCACCUCCUCCACCCCCUAUGCUUGAUGUGGAUUCCCUGAGGAAUUCUCUGACUCCCGUGUCACAGAGGAAAGUGGAUGGGAAAAGCCCAGCUGGUGGUAAGAACUCAAGGGACCAACUGCUCGCCUCAAUUAGAGGCAGCGACAUUAAACAACUUAAGAAGGUGCCGGUGCCAAAGUGGUUGCAGUAAUAAUCAUGUUGGAAUACAACAUGAAAAAGAGGAAUGAGAGGGACAAUCUAUCUCACCACAGGUCUGCCAGGAAAUAAACUCUCGAUUCCUGCAGACAAAGAGCUGUUCUGUGGGACAGUUGGGAAAGUGAAAGACGAGAUGUCCAUCAGUUGGAUGACUAACCCUCACUAUGAGUUCUCCCCUCAAACACUGGACCAAAAGGACUCUGUGGAGAAUGAGUGAUGCAGGGGUGUUUUUUUUUUUUUUUUUUUUGCCGAAUUUAGAGAACACCAUGAGUUUGUGGUUGUUUGUCUUCAUUUCAUAUUGUUGCUUUGCUGGUUAUUUGCACUAGAUAAUAUAAAGCCUAUCAUAUAACAUGUUGGCUUGUGUAUGUGUCUAAAUGUGAGCGUGGUGGGAGCAUGCGAUGAGCUUCAUAGGAGAUUCAGAAUAUAAGUUCUAAUAUACAAAAAUCUACUGUCAUUAAUUUGACCUUUUAUUUAUUUUUGGAGAGGGAAUCCAUCCUGUUCAAACUGGGAAUUCUGAAAAGGUGGAAAUAUCAGGGAAUUAACAAACAUAGAGGGCUGGCUUAGAACCAUCUGGGUAUGUUAAAAAAUAAAGGUCAAGGUGGUCUUUGAUUGUGUGUCUCAUUGCCAAAUCUCAAGAUAUCUCAGGCACCGGAUUAGAAAGCAGCCCAGAGGAAUUCUGGAGCGUGAAAGAAGAGUUUAACAUGGAAACAAUUACACAAUGCAGUUUUAAUUUUAUCAGGAAGAGCACAUGGCUGUCCUUCAGUAUCUGAUGUUAUCAUGUGUACAGUAUUCUAGCCUGAGUGUCUGAAUAAGUUACCUAAGUUUUAUUUAUGUAACACCUCUACAUGUCUUAGCCUUAAAGAUUUGGAAAACCAUUUCUGGCUUUGAGUCAACCUUCUUGUUGAUGUUUGCCAUAGUUCUGAGUGAAUGUCAUUUUUAAAGGAACUGAAUGUGAUUAAAAUUAUCCUCUGCUGUUGCAUGUAAUGAAAGACUUUCCAACAUAUUUGAUAAGACUUGCCUUCCUUACAGAGCCUGUAUAUCUUCAAUAAAAGAUUCUGGUAUGUUUGCAAUGACAAGCCACAAGUGUUACCCCUGCCUGACAACGUGACGCAAUAUGUACAGAAUGUAUAAACUGAAAUAUGAUAGACUUUAAAUAGUUCUUUGGCAGUAUUUUUCAGUAUGAUAAAAGGUAUCCGUCUUUAAUGUUAUUUCCAUUUUUGUACAAUGUAAAAAUUCUGUCACUGACGUAACUAAAGCUAAGAAAAAUGUAUAUUCUCCAAAUAAAGCUGCAUCACUAUGAAUUAUUAGUCAAUGCGAUACACAGAGCCAGAUUGUAAGAAUAAAUUCAGUUUUGUGUCGUUUACCCACAGUGAAGGAUGUCUGAGUGGAAACAGCUGAGUGAAAGAAGUGAAGCAGAUCAAAUAAAAUAAUGUAAGAUAAUUAAUGUGU